GCCGUUAGAAGGGGACGAAGGGCGUUUCGCCACGCGCUCGCGCAGCCCGGAAUAUCUUGUGUGCGAGUGUACGCAACAAAGGAACACGCCCGGUGUAUAUGCUUCUGCUGCUGCGAGAUCCGCGGUAUAUGUAUCGGCAGUCGCCGACCAUAACGAAGCAACUGUUCCUCGCCGCGUUGCGAAGGCCAUCAGUGCGAUAAGUGUUCUCCAUUCUACGCGACAGUGCGUGCAGGGCUAAUCUUAUCUCUCGUUGACGCUGAUCUAUCUAAAGUGUAUCACCUCACGGAGUAGCGAUAAGCUCGGCAUAAAAGGCCACUGCGCUCUUGCGCGAGCGUAGGAUUCGUGCCCGAAGACACCGCCAUGCCGGAUCACGGACGAGCACGGGUGCACCGUUUUCGCGACCACGUUGUCGCCGGCGUCAACUGGCGACCGACGCGAUUCGUCGACGAGGUUCCCAGUUCACGUGUGUGCGGCCUCUGCCUCAUGAUCCCAAAAAGGAUGCUGGUGUUCCCGUGCGGUCACACUCUGUGCCAAUCUUGCCACGCAGCCAGCUUGGAAGGGGGCGUUGGCCAGUGUCCGUUGGAUCAAGAGGCAUUCGAAGAAGCGGAGUGCGUCGGUUACGAAUUCCCUGCCAGGAAAGCAAACGCCGUGAAGGUGUACUGCUGGAACGAAGCGCACGGUUGCGAGUACACGGGCACCAUGGACCGCAUGUUGGAACACUACGAGAACGAGUGCACAUUUCACACCGUGGAAUGUGUGCGAUGCAGCGAGGGAGUCCAGCACAAGGACCUGCGGGCGCACUACGCGGCGGGAUGCAGUGCCGACGUUUCUGCCGCGAUCACGGAGUCCUCGGAGCAUACAGCACCGACCCUUGCAGCCGUGAACGCUGCCCUUGAAGAUGUGAAGGCGAUGUUGGGAUGCCUCAACCACGAUCAGCUGCUGCCGGUGAUUCAGAGUCAGCUGAAUGAGCUUACGGAACAAGUAAGAAGGCAGGAAACCAGGUUCGCUGAGAUCACUCGCGAGCUCGGAGAAUGCGAGCACAACUUAAAGGGCGAGAUGGCUCAAAUCGCCGCCACGAUUUCAUCGAACGUGUCGCACCAGCGGACGUCUCGGGAAAAUCCGGAGGAGGAAGCCAGCACGUCGAGGUCGCUGUCGUUGAGCUCGGAAAAGGCGAUGAUACUUCGAAAGUUGGAACGUUUAGCGCACCUGGAAAACUGGCGGGAAACUUCCCCGAAGCCUGAUUGCAGCCCUGUCAUUGCUCACUGUGGGCAUGCGCGUGGUGCCAUUCCCCAUUUCGUGAGUACGCUGUCGACAGCCGCGUGGAUUGAACGAACUUGCAGAGUUGAGUAUCUGCUGACCCUGGAAAACUGUGAGGACAUGAUUCAGUGGCCGCAACGGAAAAAAACGUUCGCUGAGAUUACGGUGUGGCACACGAGGGACACGUACUUCACGAUCACCGUCAACCAGUACACCAUUUUUUCUGCAUCUACUCUCGCUGUGCAGAUCGUGUUUAACGGCAUGCUGGUUGACUCUAAGUGUUGGCCGCCUUAUUGGAGCGUCCACGCGCUGCAUAGCGUAACACGCGAUCAACGUUCGUUGGCUCCCAUGGUCGAUCGCUGUACCUGCUAUCGCGAUGAUGACUCAUUGGCCCACUACCACCUCGGUUUUUCUAUAAGAGUUCCAUCGCUGAGAGAUGGCGGUUACCUCCGAGACGGAAAGUUAGUUUGAAAUCCUCCUGACCAAUACAGAAGCGUGCAAUCGGAUCAAAGGAACGCGCUAACGUCCGUCAUCGCACAAUGUGUAGUGCACUGCUGAAUCCUCCUUGGCACUUCCCGAAAUGUGUCACAUGAGCUAAACGAAUUUUUUAUCUCCUUUCUAAUAAAUAAAGUGGGCUCCGCGAAAUUUAUUUUUAAUUUGGAUCCUUAGUAACUCUCAAACUAGAGUUUUCUUUACGUUGCUGGCCGUUCAUGUUGCUCUUUAUUUAUUGAGCUAAUACAGUUUUUGUUCCUAAAUAUUGUGCUCCUCGAGUGGUUUCUGAGCUUAUGGCGUUCACCUCGAUACUGUUCCAUCCAUUAUAGCCGUGCCGCAAUUAAAGCGAUUGAUUUCAAGGCGACGUUCGUGUUUCAUUCUACGCUGUAGCACCACGCGUUGUCCUUUCUCCGAAAUUCCCUGCCAAUCUCGACGUUCGCAGUGCCGAGGCCCUCGUCGAUGGCUUUGAACCCUGUUUUUCGGCAAGCUUUUUCUACUCGGCCAUUCAUUACCGGGGCAUUCAAAGUUCUAACACAGACACAAUCAGACCACGGAAAACACGGGGAAGACGGGAGAUCGAAAUUCAAGAUGAUGAACAAAAGAGAACAAGGUGAAUGCGGGGAGCCAAGGUUUUGACAAGUGGAUUCGUCUUUUUCAAGCCGACAUAUGCUUUCCUGCCACAGUAUAGAUAGGUAGAGAUGUUCUAAAGGGGAGAGGGGGUAAGGCGGGUGGUUGCGGCAACGAUCUACGGUGUUAUAAUAAAAACUACAAUAAUAAAUGGAAAAAGACACGCACACCACACUAUUCUGCAGUAUGUUUACAAUACAAUGCAUUUCUAUUACACACUGCUCUUUUCCAUGCUUCAAUCCUUCUAUAUAGAGCGUGAGGUGUGCCUUUCUUUUUCUACGUCCUUUGUGUCCCCCCCCCCCCCCCAUCCCCCUGUGUACAUCAAGCCCUGUUUUCCAUGAAUAAAAUUCA